AUGAUCUGUUUUAUACCGAAUCCACAGCAGACAAAUUUGGAUAACGAAAUGGCCAACCUGAAAAAUCAACCAGACAAAUGCGCAAUUGCUAAAAGACGCAAAGAGAAUAAAAAAGCAAAAGAAGCAAAAAAUAGUUAUGUUGUUGAACCGAAAGAUGGCUAUAUGGGUAAUUUAUCACCUGAAGAAAUAUUGAAGCGGAUCGAGGGAGAUGGCAAAGGGAAAGUUAAAGGAAAUCAAAAGAAUGGAACAAAUGCGUCUAAGGAUCAUUCUACUGUUGUAGCGAACGGUUCUAAAAAUAGUGGUGGUCGUAAAAGAGGUGACAAAAAAGAUCGCCAAGCAGAUAAGGCUGCAAGACGCUCUGCCAUCACUGAUAAAGAGAUAGCUGAACUCUCAACCAACAUGGAAACAUUAAAUAUAGAAAAAGGAGAGAUGGUUGUUGUGGAGGGAACUACCCAUGUACCUGAACAUGGAUCAUUAACGACAGAGACGAGAACAUCGAAGACGGAAGUCGUAACAUUAUCACCUGAUAAGGUAGAAGAAACUGGGAGUGGUGUUAUGAUCGCAGCGAAGAGCACAGUGGAUGAAGGUAUGGACGAUGAAGAGCAAUAUUUGAGUGCCGAUGAAGGUGCAAAUUCCAACUUCUCCGAUGACAUCAAAACUGAGUUGCAGUAUCAUACGGAUGAACAAUCCGGUGCUUCUGGUUCACGCGACUUUAUAAGUGAUGGCGCCAAUUAUCGUGCUGAUGAUGAAGAAAUAAAUCCUUUACCAGUAACAUCCGAAGAAUCUGAAUUUAUUCAGGUCACUGCUAAGAGUAAGAGGAAAGGUGCUACUGCUCUGACUCAACAUCAACAACAAACUACGGGAUCGGGAAUGGAUAGGAAGAACGUGUACUUCAAUAGCACGACAGAUCGAGGUGCUAGGACAAAUGUAAGGCGUGAUGCAGAUAGAUUGCGACGAAGCUCAGUACAACUACCACCGGACAGCCGUAGAAACCAGCUAUCUUCACGUGGAAACACUUCUCCAUCAUCGGUUGAUUGCGAGAGUUUUCAAAAAUAUUCGACUCCUCCACGACUUCGGAUGUUAAUUUCAGAUGUUGUUGAUAAUACUCUUAUGAAAGCACAAGAGAACAAGAGUGGAAAAAGUCAAAUUAUCGGCAUCACUGAUAGUGCUCGUCCAGAGCAGCAAAGACAGCAGGAGCAUUCUAAAUUUGCUACCUCAGUAUCGAUGAACAAGAAGGUAAAAUGUGGGUUACCAUCUUCCCUUCAAACAAGUCGAACAGCAUCACCUGAUCAUCGUAGCAGUCAACCGUUGACUUUAAAAUAUUCUGUCGCUGCUGGAAGCUUGCAGAGUGGCUCUUCACCGGCUGUUGCAUCUCUUUCGGAAGGUUUGUCAGAUGCGAAGUGCAAAAUAACGGAGCAGCAUAUUGGCAGUGGUACUAUUCCUAAUACAAAAGCUCCAGCUCAACAAUCUUGGGCAGAUAUAGCCAAGCGACGAUUGUACGAUAAUGUUGAAACACGUCCAAGUGAAGCACCUCUUGCAUCGUUGGAUCUUCGUGCAUCGAUCAAAGAAGAACAUUCCGUUAGUGGGAUUUCCAUUUCUGGUCAUAUGGAAAGUGAAGAAAAGCCGGGAUAUAGCAAGCAAAAGCGAACUGUAAGUGUGGAAUCGGUAAGCAGUGACCCAGCAGUGAAAGAUUACUCCUUCUUUUUUGAUCCAAACGAAGCUGCUGGAACUGUGUCGAAAGAAUCAGAAUCGAAGAGUUCUAAAACUAUGUCAAAGGAAACUGACGAGGAUUCGAAGGCUUUCAAACCUCGAUGUUCCGGGAUAGUGCUCAAUUUGGAUGGAGGUCGUCAAGUUGUUCUUCCGGAAAGUGAUGCAUCAGCUGCAGGUUCACCAACCGUUGUCGAUAUAAGGCAACGACCUGAAAUAAUAACAGCGAUUGGAAUGUGGAAAUGUUUCCAGUCCACAGAACAUCCAACAGAAGUAAUAACGACAUACAAAGAAUAUAAAGAACGAAAAGAGAGAUUAGAGAAGCAGAAACGGGUAUCAAAUGAACAAAAAAAGAAGGAAGAAAUGACAAAAGAGGGUGACAAAGGCGUAGGAGGAUCGAAAUGA